GUAUAUAUUCCUUAAAUGGUUAUUGGCUUUCCUAGUCGGGCUAUUAACUGGUCUCAUUGCCACUCUCAUCAAUCUUGCAGUUGAAAACAUUGCAGGAUACAAACUCCUUGCUGUAGUUCAAUACAUAGACAAUAAAAGGAUUUGAACCCUCGACCGCAAAGAGGGAAGGCACCACCUGAUACCGCUGGGCUAUUUCAAAAAAUAUCUUACCCUCUCAAGUCAUUUUCCCUUUAAAAGAAAAUAAAUUUGUCUUUUGUUUUGUGCUCCCGAGUUAUAAAGAAAUGGAAGGAAAGUUAAACAUUUUAUUAUAAUUUUUUUAAAUCCUCUUAAAUCGGAAGGAAAGUUAGGAGACAAAAUGAUCAUUCUAUUUCCUUCCACUUCCUUUCUUUAAUGAAAUUCGGGAGCAUCAAUCUCUCUUACUUUCCUCUCAUUUCCACUCAUUUCGUUUAUUUUCUCUCCUUAAGUUGAACUCGGGAGCAGGGUGUUAAGGAGAGACAUGGGAGGAUACAGAGGAAAAGUGAGGGGUGUCGAAGGAAAAUCGUGUUCCCGAGUUUCAUUAAUGGAAGGAAAAUAAGGGGAGGGUAAAGAUUUUUGAGUCAUAUUUUCCUUCCAAAUUGGGCGGAUUUUGGUAAAAAGUAAGGGGAAGGAAAAUUUUAAGUUUUAUUUUCUUUUUCCUCUUAAAUCGGGAAUAUAAAAACUAAAAAUUUUCCUUUCUUUUCCUUUGAACUCGGGAACACAAAAUAAUGAAUAUUUUCCUUCACCUCCCUUUCUUUCUGUCAAAAUUUUCCUUCCCUUUCCUUUAAUGAAUUACAAAAAAAACUCGGGAACAAGGCGUAAGGGGGACUACGAUUAGAGUCUCUAUUUGAAAGGGGAUCGGGGUAAUCUGUAAAAGGUACAUGAUGGGGUUCUUGUACAUGACUGGGGUUAAUUUCAUAUUAACACUAAUCGCAACAGUUCUAUGUGUGUUUUUCGCACCUACUGCAGCGGGUCCGGGCAUUCCUGAAAUCAAAGCUUACCUAAACGGGGUGGAUACUCCCAAUAUGUAUGGUGCUACCACCAUGUUUGUUAAGAUCGUUGGAAGUAUAGGAGCUGUGGCUGCAGGUCUGGAUUUAGGGAAAGAAGGGCCACUGGUUCACAUUGGUGCUUGCAUUGCUUCAUUACUAGGUCAAGGUGGGCCCGAUGACUACCGGAUCAAAUGGCGAUGGAUUCGUUACUUCAACAACGACCGUGAUCGCCGAGAUAUAAUCACAUGUGGCGCAUCCUCAGGUGUAUGUGCUGCUUUCCGGUCCCCAGUAGGAGGUGUCCUGUUUGCACUUGAGGAGGUGGCCACAUGGUGGAGAAGCGCUCUUCUCUGGAGAACCUUCUUUAGUACAGCGGUUGUGGUGGUGGUGCUCAGAGCUUUCAUGGAGUAUUGUAAAGAUGGAGCCUGUGGGCUUUUUGGACAAGGUGGGUUGAUUAUGUUUGAUGUCGGCGGUGUUCCGGUGAGGUACCAUGUAGCUGAUCUCAUCCCUGUAACUGUAAUUGGAAUCAUUGGUGGAGUUUUAGGUAGCCUUUACAACUACCUUCUUCACAAGGUCCUUCGUCUCUACAAUCUCAUCAACGCCAAAGGGAAAUUAGCCAAGAUUUCAUUGAGUCUGGCAGUAUCAUUAUUCACGUCAGCAUGCUUAUACGGACUCCCGUUUCUUGCCAGUUGUACGCCAUGCGAUCCAUCUGUAGUAGAUUCCGAGUGUCCGUCUACAGGAAGAAUGGGGAACUUCAAGCAGUUUAACUGUCCAAAAGGACACUACAAUGACCUGGCGACUCUCCUCCUUACAACAAACGAUGAUGCUGUACGCAACAUUUUCUCCACCAACACUCCCAGUGAAUAUCGUGUCUUCUCCUUAGUCAUUUUCUUUAUACUUUAUUGCAUAUUGGGACUCUUCACGUUCGGGAUUGCAGUUCCAUCUGGACUUUUCCUACCGAUUAUACUCAUGGGGUCCGCUUACGGACGCUUACUUGGCAUGGCGAUGGGGUCGUACGCGUCUAUUGACCAAGGACUUUAUGCCGUUUUGGGUGCGGCUUCUUUAAUGGCGGGGUCCAUGCGGAUGACUGUUUCCCUGUGUGUCAUAUUUCUUGAGCUGACAAACAAUCUUCUUUUGCUUCCGAUAACAAUGCUUGUCCUUCUAAUUUCCAAAAGUGUUGGAGACUGUUUCAACCCGAGUAUAUACGAGAUCAUACUAGAGCUUAAAGGGCUGCCUUUCUUGGAAGCCCACCCUGAGCCAUGGAUGAGAAAUAUAACGGUUGGUGAGUUGGCAGAUGUUAAGCCGCCAGUUGUCACGUUAUCAGGGAUUGAAACGGUGGGCCGGAUUGUGGAUGUUUUGAGGAACACCACCCACAAUGGCUUUGCUGUUGUGGACAGUGUGGGACAGGUGAGUGAAGUGCAUGGGCUUGUUUUGAGAGCUCAUCUUUUACUGGUGUUGAAAAAGAAAUGGUUUUUACAAGAGAGAAGGAGAACCGAGGAGUGGGAAGUGAGAGAAAAGUUCACUUGGGUUGAUGUGGCGGAGAGGUGGGGGACGAUAGAGGAGGUGGCAGUUACAAAAGAAGAAAUGGAAAUGUAUGUGGAUUUGCAUCCACUUACCAAUACUACCCCUUAUACGGUUGUUGAAACCAUGUCUGUUGCAAAGGCUUUAGUGCAAUUCAGGCAGGUGGGGCUUCGCCACAUGCUUGUUUUACCAAAGUACCAUGGCCAUGGGGUGCCACCAGUGGUUGGAAUCUUGACCAGGCAGGACUUGAGAGCACACAACAUUUUGAGUGCAUUUCCUCAUCUUGAAAAAUCUCACGCAAGUAAAAAGGGGCGUUAAAAUUUCUCCAUAAACAAGGAAAAAGGCAUUGUGAUUUGUGAAUGCCUCAAAUUACUACUUUCUAUUGCCAAUUUUGAAUUCUUUUACCAAAUUUAAACAAGAUACCACAACCAUGUUAGAUGACUACAUACUAGUAUUUAAAUAUUGCAUUAUUCAGUAAGUUACACAUCAAAUAAGUUAUUCUUAGCAAUUAGGAAGUCAUGUAUUUUCGCAAACAAUCUUUCUGAGAUAAAUAAAUUCAUUCUCUUGUAUU